GGCCCCUCUAUAGACGGAGGGGAGGAGGGGACUCCAGCAGAGCGCUGCUGCCGCCGGGACGAGCUGAGGCGCUCCGAGCUCUGCCCGUCUGCCCCGUCGCCAGCAUGGACCUCCGCGCCCUGGCUCUGCUCGCCUUUGCCCUGGCAGUCAUCUCCCUGUCGGAGGAGAAGCCCGUCAGCCUGACGUACCGAUGCCCCUGUCGAUUCUUCGAGAGCAACGUGGCGAGGGCCAACAUUAAGCAUCUCAAAAUCCUCUCCACCCCCAACUGCUCACUUCAGAUUGUUGCAAGGCUCAAGAGCAACAGCAAGCAAGUGUGCAUUGAUCCCAAGCUAAAGUGGAUCCAGGAAUAUCUGGAGAAAGCUUUAAACAAACCACGUCAUCGCACUCAUAAAAAAAAGCAACAGAAGAAACGGGGCCCACUCUGCCCUUCCCGUGCAACACCACUAAAGUCUCCAGGGAGAAAGAAUGGAGGUUCAAGAUGUAAGAGGCAAGCAUUGUAAGCCGUCUACAGGAUUUCUUACUGUAGGACCCAGAAAGCAGAUAACCAGUAUUAGGGAAGGAAUACAUUUCACUGUUAUCAUACAGCACAAAAGCAACACUUCAUGCAUUUCCAAAGGUGUUUUUUUUUUUAAUUUUUUUUUUGUCUUUUUAUUUUUUGCACAAAUUGGCUUGCUUUCACAGUGCUAUUUUUAUGUAGUAAGAUGUAUUUGAUUUUGAGAAAAAUAUGUUCUUACACAGGUUGGUUGAUUACUUAGCACUGAAGGCAGAUAUGAAUUUAAACUAACCCUAUGUUAUUAUAUAAUAUUUUAUUUCCUUUGCUAUGUAGAGGUCCUGCUUUAUUUAACUUUCUUUUGGUUCAUGCGAGUCUCAUGGAGAUUUAAACCUAGAAGGACAUGAACUGUACAGUGCAAUGAUGUUAUGUAAGUAGAAGAAUUCCUUGCCCCAAAAGUCAUUAAAGCCAAGAACAUAGGAAGGCUAAAAAGCAUCAGACAUCAGUGAGAGCAACCUGCACUAUCAUGGGUGGUGAUUAUAGUUAUUUUGGCUGAUGGAUUAAAUUCAGGUCUUCGGGGCUAAAGCCAUCCUCUGUAGAUCAGAGAUCUUGGUGACAGCUAUGAGCUAUUGAGACAGUGCUCACAUAAGUACUGCAAGGUGCCAGUACUAUGUCAAAAGCAAGAGCGUGUUAUUAGCCACUGAUCUGGUGUCUCUUGGCAUUUCCUCUGUUCCUGUCUCUGAUGACAAAUUUUAGCACAAAAAGGAAUGGAUUAUUUGUAGAUCUAGCAGCAUAAUCAUGUUGCAAAUCUCUGGAGGAAUCAGAGGUGCUGUCACGCACCCAUGUGUUCCCACCCAUCUGCUCAGAUUCAGCUCUCUGGACUGGCCUUGUGAUGAAGCAGGUGGAAGAGCAUUGAUGUGACCCUUCACUAAGCGCUGUACCCUCUGUUACUAAACAGUCACACCUACCUGAGGGCAGCAGCACCUUUGAUUGUUUUGGGUGGAUCCAAAAGAGAACAUCUGGCCCUGCCUUUGGAGAAAACAGAUGACUGGGGAAAGAGAGGAAACACUGAGAUUUUGCCCAGUUUGUGCGCUUCUUGAGUGUGGAGAUGAAGGCCAACACUCACUGUUUACCAGUGCUUACAGUUUGCUGGUGAACAGCACAGCCUAUGGAAUUUCCUUUGCAAAGCACACCUGAGGACACUUCUUGCACCAAUUUCUUCUCUCAGCCAGAAUCUUCCUUCUCCUGGUUCUUACCUGUGUAAACAAUUAUCUUCACUAGUGUAUGGAAAAAAUACCUAAAAUGCUAUGAUAAUUAUGUUAUGCUGCACAUGGAGAUCCAGGGGGGAAGCACAUUAGUGCACCACAAUAUUUGUGUUUUUAUGUAUCUGUGUGUCUAUUGUAAACAAAAAUGUCAUAACAUUGUAUGUUUUUUUGGAGCUGGUUGCUUCAAAAGGAAUCUUCUUAUCUGCAGCCUGUGUCAGGAACACUGAAAGGGCCAUUUUGGUAAGCAUGUCUUUCCAUGACAGGCAACUUUAAGGCUAAAAAAGCAUUUUGGCCAUCUGGGGCUAACUUAUUUCGAUGUGGAUUCAGGUAAAAACCUUGUAAGUCCUUUCCUCUCUGCAGAAAGGUGCUAUUACAGAGAGUGCUUCAGCCAGGACUACAUCACCUCAUUUACUCUGAAGUAGAAACCAACUGCUGUGCCUAAAAUGUGUGUGCGUGUAAUUUUGACAUUCUACUGAUGCCAUCACCAAGCUGUUGAGUAUACUUUGUUCUGGAAGGUCUGUUACCACUGUACUUUGUGAGAAUUGGGCUGUUGAUUUCAGUGUGAAUGGGAUCAGAACCCCUGUUGUCAAGUUAAAGACAGGAAGAACUUAUAUGAGAAAAUGAGUAUUUUGUAUUCUCCCUUUACACUUUGCUGUAUAUCCUAGGGUCCACCCCCUGUCCCUGCACAAGCAUCUGCAGUAGCAAGUGGUUUUCCAAGAGGCUGACACUUGGAUUGUCAAAGAUAUGAAUGAUUUUGGGGAAAGUGUGGAACAAUCUUACACAAGACAUGAAGCUUGUCUUUCUCCCCCAUGAACAUGCAAUCAUCACAUGUGCUUCCUGGCUAAGGGCAGCUUAAUGCCUGAUCUGUUUCCUUUGGAAUGAGACCAGAGUUAAAUAAUCCUCUUUGUUUUGAUUCAACAGCAUCCCUUGUUAAUGAGGAUAGGGGCCAUGAAAGUUUUGUUUCUAUAAUAAGCAUUGGCUUUCCAGUGACUAGAUGUGACUGGACAACCUUGGAGCACUCUGCCGCAGUCCCAGUUCACGCAUCAGAUCCUGGGCAAACAGAAUGCUUGGUACAAACACUGAGAGGGGCAGUGCUGGAACACCCUAGCCAAAAUGUAGGAAACUGGGGUCACCUGAUGACCUUUUCCUAUAGAAUCGGACCAUGGAUUACCGCAGCAGUCUGUGCUACAGAAAAGGUGUUCCUGGGACAAUUAUGUGAGUAGGGAGGAAAGGGACUCCCCACAAGGGACUUAUGUGAGAACCUGAUCAAAACUUGUCUUGCUUUACCCCUGAUGUCAAUCUUGGGUGGGAAGCUUUGCUUUUUGCCUGGGUUAUUUACAGGAGAAUCCUUGCACAAGGAAGAGCAGCUCUGCCCUUCACACAAAGGACAUCAAUUACUGGGCUGCCUCAGGCUUCCUUGCUACCCUGUGAGUCAAACUCUAUUCCACCUGUGCACAUUUAGCAGGCAAAGAAGCUGCACUAACAGAAGCCUGCUCAGGGAGAGCACUAGAUUUUCCUUUCUGCCUUUAACUGUUGACCAAAGACCAAAUCAGGGACCAAACUGGGAGAUGGGAGAGAUGUAGGGACCACACAUGAAGGGAAGAAGGAAAAGGAAUAACACUGAACUAGUGCCAAAAAAGCAGCUUCCAUAAGUGUGGAAUGGUCAUGUCAUGUGUGGUAUUUUCAAAGUGCAGCUGUCAAAUCCUGAGGUGUUUUCUUGUGUUGUUUUUUUGUUUGUUUGUUUUUUUGAAAGAGAAUAGAUGGUAUUUAUUGCUGUGCCAUUUUUUAUUUAUAGUAGCUUUACACUUGUUCUUACAAAUAUCAUAUCUGAAUUCUGCCUGAGAAAGUAUGAAGUAUGACUUUUUGAUAUGUUUUUAAUGAAGUGGUGUUUGAGCGAAGGUGACUGUUGGUCUUUUGCAAUGAAGGCUAUGUUCCAAAUAAAAUAGACAUGUUUAAUUGAAAAUGCAGUUCCUACAGAAGUUUCUGUUGAUAUUUUCCCUUUGUAAGAAUCCAGAAGGUCUUCUUUUCUCUGGGAGUUUGUUUUGUUUAUGUGAUGUAUAGUAAUCAAGGGCAUCUGAGACCUCAUUACCUAAAAAUGUUAUAUUUUUAUUUGCCAACUUCCCACCAAGAGGAGUCUUGCCUGCAACCAUGAAAUUCAUAAAACUGUAGAAUGGUUUGGGCUGAAAGGGACCUUAAAGAUCAUCUAUUUUCAACCCCCCUGCUGUAGGCAGGGACACCUCUCACUAGACCGGGUUGCUCAAAGGCCCAGAAUUCUGGUGGCCGCAGAGAAGAAAAUGUUUGUGGUGAUGAAAGGGCUGCAUGAACCUCCCCCCGUCUUCCACUCUAUAAGAGAUCAGUGUAAUCAGAAUGUGGUGAAUACUGUACUUUAUAUUUUUAUUAAGUAAAAAUAAAUCCUCCCAAAUAAUGUGAAAAGAGUUUUGUAUUUACGUUCCUGUAAGGCAGCUUUUAUGGAGGAGUUAUAUUAUGCAUUUGAAAUUACUCCUUUCAUAGAUUAUUUUUAAAAUAAACACUUUUAUACUGUUGUAAUUUCUCCAGUAAAUGUGUAUGCACUUAUAACUUUCUUAAUAAAAAUGCCUAUCUGAAUGAAAUGA